UUUUAUCUACGAGAAUAAUUUUCCACGUCCAUUACCAUUACUCAGCAGUUUUCUACUUUUCUUCUACACCCACUCCAUACAUUACUCAACUCAUAUCCGUUCUGCUUCAACACCGCACAUCAUUUUCUAAUGCUGUAAAAUUUGUACCAUGCAGCAAGGGGCUCUGUUUCUGCUUUUGUGCGUGGUCUCUCUGUUCCCCCUCACUCACUAUGCCUGACUUUCUUGCCACAAACCCCCUUACCAUUUCAGCUGCAGAAUCUCCAAGAUUCCCCUUCCUCCAUUCAUGCCCAACUCUUACACCAAGACCCCAACUCAACCCGAAUUUCCGUAUCCCCUUUUCUCCCAAACCAUCUAAAAACAAGAGCGUCUCUUUGGCACUGAGCUCCAGGUCGAAUGAAGGGUCAUCAAGGGGUUAUGGCUUUUACAACGAGCUUGAGUUUGAGGACAGAAAGGACAAGACUUUUGGGUUGGAGAUGAACCCUGUUGUUGGUGAAGAUUCCCAGAGUGAAACUGGGUCAAUCCCCUUUGAUGGGGUGGAGGGUGGUGAUGAUAAGGGAGAGGAUGAUUUGGUUCGGGCUCAGGGGGAUGCAGAUGGGGAUGGGGAUGGUUUGAAGAAAGGUUAUGAUGAUGAAGAAGGUGAGAAUGAGAAAUUUGGAGGUAAACUUAGAGUCAGAAGAGGUAAAGAGGUAAUUAGAAGGUCGAAUUUGUUGGCCAAGCAAGUGAUCAGCAUUCACUCUGCCCUUAGUUUGGGAUUCGUCUCGCAGCUUUGGGUGGACACAAGCUCUUGGAUGGUGUUAUUUGUGGAGGUGAGGCCAAACUUGCUUUCUGGGGAUUCAGAGAAAUUCCUUCUGGAUGAUAUUAGUCAGGUUGGAGAUGUUGUCCUUGUCCAGGAUGAAAGUGUGACAGACAAUGAAUUUAAAAUGGUUGGAUUGGAGACACUGGUUGGAUACAAAGUUGUAACACCCUCUCGACGGAAUAUUGGAAAGGUGCGUGGGUACACUUUCAGCAUCAAUUCAGGUGCUGUUGAAGAACUUGAACUUGAUUCAUUUGGACUAUCCAUCAUUCCGUCAAGUUUGGUGAGUACCUACUCUUUGCUGGUUGAGGACGUGCUGGAAGUAGUAUCUGACGCAGUUGUUGUGCAUGAAGCUGCAGCUUUACGAAUUCAAAGGCUUUCUAAGGGUUUUUUGGGCAACCAGAAUGUGAGAAUUUCAGUGGAUGAUUUUGAAGAUUUUGACUCUGAACAAUCUGACACAUACGGUCCUAUUUCAAGGAGAAGAAAAAGUUUCGGAAGAAAGAAACCCAGUCAUAGAGAUUGGGAUGAUGAAGAUAAUUGGGAGCUUCCAAUGGACUAUCUCUGAUUCUAAUGGAUUUUCUGCAAAAUUUCAUGUAAAACAUGUUUUUUACAUUAUUAAAAAGAAUGAAAGUUUAAACAAACCUAUUAAAAACACCGGAAGGAAAUUCUUUUCACUUUUGGCUAUAAGUAGGCUUUCAUUUAUUUGUACAGUUAGUUUCAUUGAAUUUCUUUAGAUUUUCCUACCUCACUGACUAUAUGUUCGAUAUGUAAUGAUAAACAAUUUCCCAUAGUUUGAUAAAGAUGGUGUUUCUUCUGUUGAUAA